UAAAAUUGUUACACCUACAAUCGAUAGUACGAUAUACUUACUUGUCAGUAUUCAGUAGUAGGUACUCAGUACUUCAGUAGUCACUAGUCACUACUCACGGAUUAUAGGUGUAUUAAUAUAUUAAUAUUACCUAUAUUUUCCGUGAACUGAUCACUACUCACUAGUCAGUCUGUACUCUCUACUCUGUAGUCACUAUUGACUAGUGUACUGAAGUUUGUAGUUGGUAUAUCAGUAAUAAUAAUAUUGAUACAUAUUGAAGUAUGACAAUUUAUGACAAGAAUGUGAAGCUAAACUAUUUUACUAUUUUGUUUAUUUUGAAUAUUAUUAUUAUAAGCAUCGAAAUGUGUUAACUUAAUUAUUCAAAACAUUAAUUUCUAUUUGUUCUGGUCCAAUGAGUUGAAUUUAUACGUUUUUCAACCAUUGGAAUGGGUUUUCCAAAGUUAUUGUUAGUGUUAGUCAUCCUUCCAUAUCUGUAUUGUGAAAGUCUGGAUGAUGAUGAAUUUAAGAAUGUUAAUACCAGUUUACAGUUAAUUUCAAGUUUUUCUCAAGGUUUAAUUCACGGCUCAAUAUUAUUUUCUCAACAUUCAUUGAUUGAUGAUAUUAUUUUAAUUUCUGUUUCAUUAAACAAUUUUGGCAAUUCAUUUCAAUGGUCUUGGCAAAUAAAAGAAUUUCCUGUUGAUUAUACUAAUUUAGCUGAUCGUUGUAGUGACAAAAAUCUUGGAAAUGAAUUAUUAAACUUUGAUGUAACAUUUGGAGAAUUAAUAUUAGAAAAUGAUACUAGACGUCAGUUUUCAAUUUCAAAAUCUAUAUUAGAAUUAACUGGUCCUUUUGGAAUUUGGUAUAGAUCUUUGUUACUCAAAGAUAAUGCUGGGAAUACUAUUUGCUCAACAAUUAUGGCAAAAGAUGAUUCAGAAUUGCGAGUGGCUGAAGCUAAGUUUCAAAAUCGAUUUUUUGGUAAUAUAUAUAUAGUUUGGGUUGGUAUAUCAAGCAGCUUAAUGGAUGCAAUUAUAUUUACUAAUCUUGAAGAUAGAAAAAGUUUAAAAACUGAACUCACAGCCAAUAAUUGGAAAAUAUUUUCAACUGAUGUUCUUGAAUCUAUUUCAGAUAAGUCAAAACUCAACUGUGAUGCUUUACAAAUUUUAUAUGAUCCUGAAUCUAAUGGAUUAGGUGACUUAGGUGCUCGACUUGGGCCAGUUCAAAUUGGGAAAAAGUCAUUAAUACGAGAUACUAAUCUCGCUACAUUUGAUAUUGAAUAUGAGAGUAGAGCUUUAUACAUGGUUCUGUUUGAUAGUGAACGUACUGAUAAUAUUUUAGAUUGUGCACAAAUCAAUCUAAAAAAGAGCAUUACCUUAAAAGGAUUUGUUAAUGAAACAAAAAUAAAACUUGAAUUGACAUUAUGGCAAAAAUCAAAAUUUGAAAUCACUAAUGUUUAUACCAAAGCUGAUUCAAUUCAAAAUGACAUAACUUUAGGAUUACAUGAAAUGCCUUCAAUUCCGAAAACAUAUAAGACACCAUUGAGUAUAAAUAAUAAUUGUUUGGGUGUUGGUAAAAUUUUUAAUCCAACUGGUAAAUUAUUUCCUGCUGGAGUUGAAAGACAAACUCAAGAUAAAUAUGCUGUUGGUGACUUAAGUGGAAAAUAUAAUUAUGAUAAUUCUAAUUGGGAUACAUAUUUACCUCUAUUUGGAAGCAAUAGUGUUAUUCAUAGAUCAUUAGUAUUAUACAUAAAUAAGGAAAUUUUGACUUGUACUACAUUAUUACCAUUUACUGGUCCAAAUUCUCAAACUAAAGUAGCUUAUUUAACUUCAGAAGCUAUUUUUCGCUAUCCUUUAGUUGGCAGAAUUGUGUUUCGACAACCUAUUGACAUUGGAGCAACUGAAACUGUAAUAAUAAUUGAAAGUUUAGUUCAUGCUGAUGGUACUACACUUAAAGAUUCAGAUGAACAUAGGUGGUCUAUAAAUAUACAACCACCUGGAAAAGACUUUUAUAAUUGGAUGGAUCGAUGUAAAAGUGCAGGUCCUAUAUAUGAUCCUCACAAGGUUGUGAAAAAUAAUAUGACAUAUUUAUGCAGUAAGUCUCUUAAAUACUGCAGUGUAGGUGAUUUAUCUUCUCGUUUGAAUAGUUUAUCGAUAGCCGGUAAUAAAUUAAACGCAAUAGGUGUGAGUAGACAUAUGUUUGUGGAUGAAUAUAUGUCAUUGUUUGGAAUAAAUUCAAUUAUUGGUAAAUCAUUGGUGAUUUAUGGUGACCAUGGUCCACAAGCUCGUGGGGAUCGUUUAGCUUGUUCAAAAAUAGAAAAGGUGUGGCAUCGAAAAGCUGUAGUAAAGGACUGGUACAGUGAUACUGAUACAAAUUCUGUUUCUGGUAAAAUUGAAUUAUUCCAACUUUCUGAGUAUGAUCCAGUUGAUUUUGAAAUCAACCUCCAAGGUAUACAAGGUGGAUAUGAUUAUUAUGUUUAUUCAAAUCCAGUUGAUGGUGGUUUAGACUUACCAUGUGAGAGUUCAAAUUUAUAUGAAAUUUGGGAUCCAUGGAAUAAUAAAGAGACUGGAGGUUUACGAUACGGUGAUUGGAGUUUGAAAUUUGGCUCAAUACUUGGUGCUAGAACCGUGUCUACUUUUGGAAAUGAUACCCAUGCUCAGUUAUUUGGUCAAUUGGUAUUUUUAGGUCGAUCAGUAAUGAUACAUGGUAUGCCUUCUAAAAAAAGAUUAGUAUGUUCUACAAUAGAAAGAGGAUAUGCACCUUCAGAAGCUCGAGAAAUCAGAGCAAUGGCUUCAUUUCAUAAUCCUAAUGGUUUUCUUUAUGGUUAUAUAAGAAUGACACAGCUAGUUUAUAAUGACGGAAGUAAAAGUGAUACUGUAAUUGAAGUUAAUUUACAUUACCCAGGCUUAUAUAAUAAAAAUAUGACUAAAAAUCACAAAUGGGCAAUAUAUGUUAACCCAGUGGGUAUUGACGCCACUGUUAAAGAUCAUGGGACUCGGUGCACUGCAGCUGGAUAUAUUUGGAACCCGUACUACACACAACUUGCUGACCCAUUAAAUGUAAAGCUGUAUGAUGAUGAAUGUGGGCCCGAUCAACCUUUACGAUGUUAUGUUGGAGAUAUAUCUGGCCGUUUGGGUAAUAUUGACGUUGGUUCACAUUCAAUGGUAUUUUCUGAUCCAAAUUUACCUUUAGAAGGAGACAUUUCUGCAAUUGGUAGAUCAAUUAUUGUAUUUUCAAAAAAUGGUUAUGACAAAUUAGGUUGUGCCAAUAUUGAGUAUGAUAAAGAUAUUAUAAAAUAUGUGAAUGUAAGAAAAACUACUAAAUAUGAAACAACACAUUUCUUUGAAGCUGUGAGGAAUGCAAUGGGGGUUCCUGAUUGGAUGAUAACUAUAGAUAGUAGAAAAACAAAAAUAUUACAUAAUGGAGCUUGUAUUCAAUAUUUAGUUCAUUUUAAAGGUGCCCUUGCUAAUGAAUUGGAAUCUGAUUUUAGUAAAUUAUUAUUAAUUGGUCAAUUGCCUGCUCAGACAUUAAAAAUAAGUGGUUAUUACCCUACUAAUGUUAAAUUAAAAAUUCCAUAUCAAGGAUGUCCUGUAUACAACAAAAAAUUAGCUUCAAGUAUAUCAUCUGCUGGAAAGUGGAUCACAAACAAUUUUUUAAUGAUAAUUGUGUUAGUUACAUUUAACAUAUUUUUAUAGGGUUGAUUCCUAAACUCAA